AUGGACGAUGGCGAAGCUAAGAUAUCAACAGCAGAAAUAGUCCUACUUCCUUUGGAUAUUCAUCAUCCACCUAUAUCUUUUGAAUUUAAGUGUGAAUCAUGUGUUAACAACCCUGGACUGACUGGUGACGCUUUUUAUAGAGAUUUACAUGCGCUCAACGUCCUAGAUGUUACAAGUUUUCUUUCUCAAUUUAAUUGUGAUAAUUUGUUCAAAAAUAAAUCUCUUGAUGAUAUGAUCAAACAAAAUGAUCCCUGCAGGGAUAAAGAGUGCUUAUUUGGUUCUCGUUGCACUGUCAAUCCAGAUGGUCGUAACGCAACCUGCAUCUGUCCAGAUAAAUGUCCCAAUUACGGUGAUCAUACAACUUCUCGCCCUGUCUGCGGUUCCGAUGGUGUCAACUAUGGAAAUCAAUGUGAACUGCAACGAGCUGCUUGUUCUUCCCAGACCAAUAUCACAAUCAAGUUUUAUGGAAAAUGCGAGCUCAGUAAUUUGAUUGAAAUCAAAUCCACCAAGUCAGGAUGUCUGAUGAAUACAUUUGUAAAACUAAGGCGAAGGAUAGAAAUGAAUGGAAGCCGAUUCUAUAACAGGCCAAGACCCACUAGGAGUUGUACAGCCAAUGAUGAUGUUGAUGAUGAAUACAUUGUCGAUAUUUUGGGCUGGAGUGUUUUGGCUUUGGAUUGUUUUUACGAUUUAACUCCUACUCAGAGGAAAAUGUCUAGUUGUUUAUAUACUUAA